AAGUAGGAGAAAUCAUCAAGCAUAAGCACAAAUAUCGCAUUGAUAUGAUAAGAUAUCACACAGCACCUAUACUCAACUCAUUCGUGCAAGCUCCCAAAUCCCAAUAAUUUCCCUGCUUGAUAUAUACCGGUAAUAUAUACUACUCCAACGGUCCAACCUAACCAGCUGCAGCCGCUGCUCCGUCCACACUCUCCCGUGAUCGAGGAGACUCGAUCGCCAUGGCUGCUGCGACAUUGCUCUUGGUGGUGACAAUCGUCGCUCUCGGCUCCGGUCACGGCGAGGCCUUCGACCCUAACCCUCUCCAAGACUUCUGCGUCGCCGACACCACGUCCAAGGUGCGCGUGAACGGCGUGGCGUGCAAGGACCCGGCGGCGGCGGUGGCGGAGGACUUCUUCUUCGCCGGCGCGGACAGGCCUGACGGCGGCGCCGCGAGCAAGCGGUACGGGUUCUCGGCGCUGACGGUGCAGAUCCCGGGCCUGAACACGCUGGGCGAGUCGCACGCCCGGGUGGACGUGGCGCCGGGGGGCGUCUUCCCGCCGCACUACCACCCGAGGGCGGCGGAGACGGCGCUGGUGCUGGAGGGCUCCGUCUACUUCGGCUUCGUCUCGUCGUACCCGGACAACCGGCUGUUCGCCAAGGUGCUCCGGAAGGGCGACGUGUUCGCCGUGCCGCAGGGGCUCGUGCACUUCCUCUACAACAAUGGGAGCGUGCCCGCCGCCAUCUACGCGACCCUCAGCAGCCAGAACGCCGGGCUCGUGCUCCUCGGCGACGCGCUCUUCGCCGGGGCGCUCCCCGACGACCUCCUCGCCAAGUCGCUCCUUACGGACCGGCACACCGUCGGGAGCAUCCGGUCCAACUUCCGGCGGCCUUGAUGCAUGCAUGCAUGGCCACGCUGUUCUUAUGAUCUCUCCUAUAGUAUGUUGUACUGUGUUCUUCGUAGUUUGUGCGGGCGCAGUAAUUUGCACAGCCGUUUCUUUGCGACGAACAUCUGCGAAGCUGGAUUUCGAAAUAAAAUAUUGGUAAUGGUAAUGGGUGAACGUUCGCUCUGUA